AGGCCUGCGGGGUGGGGCGGGAGGUACAGGUACAGGUACAGGAGGGAGCCUGGGGUCCAGCCCUCUGGGGCUGGUAGUGGGGAGGAGGCCGGCUUGGGUCGCGCCGGGCCAGAGUGGAGGAGAAGCCGGGGUAAAACGAGCACCUCAGCUCUAUCGCUGGGGUUUGGAGGCCGGGCUGUGUCCGCGGCUGGGCCGGGACGCGCGGAGGACGUGUUCAGAGAGUUAGCGGGCCUCCCGGGUCCCAGGCCGCCCUGUCAGACAGGGUACGGCAGCCGGGAGGGGCGCGUCUUGGAGGUUCCCAGACACCUGCAGUUGCCCUGCUCCUCGGUCCCUGAGCGCGAACUUACUUGGGAGACUCAUGAAAUGGCCACAGAUGAUAAGACUUCCCCAACCCUGGACUCUGCUAAUGAUUUGCUUCGAUCUCCUACUAGUCCUUCUCAUCUCACACACUUUAAACCUUUGACGCCUGAUCAGGAUGAGCCACCUUUUAAGUCAGCAUAUAGUUCUUUUGUAAACCUUUUUAGAUUUAACAAAGAGAAAGGAGAGGCAGGUCAAGGAGAGCAGCAGUCUCAAAGUGGAAGCUGGUCCAGCCCUCAGCUCCCUUCGAGGACACAGUCUGUGAGGUCACCUAUUCCUUAUAAAAAGCAGCUCAAUGAGGAACUGCAGCGGCGUUCUUCAGUAUUAGCAGAAAACAGUUUGCAGCAUUCCCAAGAGAACACAGACACAAGAAGGAAAGCAGAACCUACCUUUGGAGGUCAUGACCCUCGUACAGCUGUUCAGCUUCGAAGUCUCAGCACAGUAUUAAAACGUCUCAAGGAAAUCAUGGAGGGGAAAAGCCAGGAUAGUGACCUGAAGCAGUACUGGAUGCCAGAUAGCCAGUGUAAAGAAUGCUAUGAUUGUAGUGAGAAAUUUACAACCUUUAGACGCAGACACCAUUGCCGAUUGUGUGGGCAGAUCUUCUGCAGUCGUUGCUGUAAUCAAGAAAUCCCUGGAAAAUUUAUGGGCUAUACAGGGGACCUCCGAGCUUGUACAUACUGUAGAAAAAUAGCUUUAAGUUAUGCUUACUCCACAGACAGUAAUUCCAUUGGGGAAGACUUGAAUGCUCUUUCAGAUUCCGCUUGCUCUGUGUCUGUCCUUGAUCCGAGUGAACCUCGAACGCCUGUUGGGAGUAGAAAAGCCAGCCGCAACAUAUUCUUAGAGGAUGAUUUAGGCUGGCAAAGUUUGAUUCAUCCAGACUCCUCAAAUACUUCCCUCUCCACAAGACUUGUGUCUGUUCAAGAGGAUGCUGGGAAAUCUCCUGCUCGAAAUAGGUCAGCCAGCAUUACUAACUUGUCACUGGAUAGAUCUGGAUCUCCUAUGGUACCUUCAUAUGAGACAUCUGUUAGUCCCCAGGCUAACCGCACGUAUGUCAGGACAGAGACCACUGAGGAUGAACGAAAAAUUCUUCUGGAUAGUGUUCAGUUAAAGGACCUGUGGAAAAAAAUCUGCCAUCACAGUACUGGGAUGGAGUUUCAGGAUCACCGCUACUGGCUGAGAACACAUCCCAACUGCAUUGUGGGAAAGGAAUUAGUUAACUGGCUAAUUCGAAAUGGGCACAUUGCCACAAGGGCACAAGCUAUAGCGAUUGGACAAGCAAUGGUAGAUGGACGUUGGCUGGACUGUGUCAGUCAUCAUGACCAGCUCUUCAGGGAUGAGUAUGCGCUAUACAGACCAUUGCAGAGUACAGAAUUUUCUGAGACACCUUCUCCAGACAGUGACUCAGUGAACUCUGUGGAAGGACAUUCUGAGCCAUCCUGGUUUAAAGACAUUAAGUUUGAUGACAGUGACACAGAACAGAUAGCUGAAGAAGGUGAUGAUAAUUUGGCUAAUUCUGCCAGUCCUAGCAAGCGCACCUCAGUCAGCAGUUUCCAGUCCACAGUGGACAGUGACUCAGCCGCUUCUAUCAGCCUGAACGUGGAGCUGGACAACGUGAACUUCCAUAUCAAGAAGCCCUCCAAGUACCCACAUGUGCCCCCUCACCCUGCUGACCAAAAAGAGUAUUUGAUUUCUGACACUGGAGGACAACAACUCUCAAUAAGUGAUGCCUUCAUCAAAGAAUCCUUGUUUAAUCGCCGAGUAGAGGAAAAAUCCAAAGAACUGCCUUUUACACCUUUGGGUUGGCAUCAUAACAAUCUGGAGCUCCUGAGAGAGGAGAAUGGGGAGAAACAAGCCAUGGAGAGGUUGCUUUCAGCUAAUCAUAACCACAUGAUGGCACUUCUCCAGCAGUUGCUCCAUAAUGACUCAUUAUCACCCUCUUGGAGGGACAUCAUUGUGUCACUAGUCUGCCAGGUUGUUCAGACAGUCCGACCUGAUGUCAAGAACCAGGAUGAUGACAUGGAUAUCCGUCAAUUUGUCCACAUUAAAAAGAUUCCUGGUGGAAAGAAAUUUGAUUCUGUGGUUGUCAAUGGCUUUGUUUGUACGAAGAACAUUGCACAUAAAAAGAUGAAUUCUUGUAUUAAAAACCCCAAAAUUCUUCUGUUGAAGUGUUCCAUUGAGUAUCUCUACAGAGAAGAAACUAAGUUUACUUGCAUUGAUCCUAUUGUGCUUCAGGAAAGGGAAUUCCUAAAGAAUUAUGUUCAGCGAAUAGUUGAUGUUCGACCCACAUUGGUCCUGGUUGAGAAAACAGUGUCUCGGAUUGCCCAGGACAUGUUACUGGAACAUGGUAUUACAUUGGUCAUUAAUGUAAAGUCCCAAGUUUUAGAACGAAUCAGUCGAAUGACCCAAGGUGACUUAGUGAUGUCAAUGGAUCAGCUGCUCACAAAACCACACCUGGGCACUUGUCACAAAUUUUAUAUGCAAAUAUUUCAGCUACCUAAUGAACAAAUCAAAACACUGAUGUUUUUUGAAGGUUGUCCCCAGCAUCUAGGCUGUACCAUCAAGCUCAGAGGAGGCUAUGAUUAUGAGCUGGCUCGAGUUAAGGAGAUCCUGAUAUUUAUGAUCUGUGUAGCUUAUCAUUCUCAGCUAGAAAUCUCCUUCCUCAUGGAUGAAUUUGCUAUGCCUCCCAUGUUAAUGCAGAGCCCUUCAUUCCAUUCUCUGAUUGAAGGACGGGGGGAUGAGGGGACUGUACAAGAGCAGUACAGUGGGAGCUCCCUUCCCCGGGAUCCUGACUGCCCUCCUGAGGCACUGACCUCUGAAGAGAGCACUUUGAUGGAAUCACGGAUUGUAUUUGAGAAGAAUGAGCAGGAAACUAAAAGCAUUCCACAGGCUGCUGCCUCUUUGAAGCAUCAAGAGUAUGCCACAACAGCUUGCCCGGCCGGUAUCCCCUGUGCUCUCUUCCAAGAAGUACCAGAGUCAUUGUUGCCACUCCAUGUGGAUCAACAAGAUGCUGUAGGCAGUGAGCACCUAGAGCCUUUGGAGCAAACAGAAGAGCAACAGGACACCAAAAGCCAAAUGAGAGCUUUUAGAGACCCUCUACAGGAUGACACUGGAUUAUAUGUGACUGAGGAAGUCACCACCUCUGAAGAUAAGCGAAAGACUUAUUCUUUGGCCUUUAAACAAGAAUUAAAAGAUGUGAUCCUCUGCAUCUCCCCAGUAAUCACAUUCCGGGAACCUUUCCUUUUAACUGAAAAGGGGAUGAGAUGCUCCACCCGAGACUAUUUUCCAGAGCAGAUUUACUGGUCUCCCCUCCUUAAUAAAGAGUUCAGAGAAAUAGAGAGCAGGAGGAAGAAGCAGCUGCUUAGGGAUCUCUCUGGACUUCAGGGCAUGAAUGGAAGUAUUCAGGCCAAGUCUAUUCAAGUCUUACCCUCACAUGAACUAGUUAGCACUAGGAUCGCAGAGCAUCUGGGUGACAGCCAGAGCUUGGGAAGAAUGCUGGCUGAUUAUCGAGCCCGAGGAGGAAGAAUUCAGUCCAGAUAUUCAGACCCAUUUACUCACUCAAAGGAUGCAUCGAAUACUGCAAGUGGUAAAUCAGGAAGCAAAACUGAGGCUAAUGAAGAGAGAGGGUUGAUUCCCAGUGAUGCAGUAUGGUCAACAAAGGUGGACUGUCUGAAUCCUGCUAACCACCAGCGGCUGUGUGUGCUCUUCAGCAGCUCUUCUGCCCAGUCCAGCAAUGCCCCCAGUGCCUGUGUCAGUCCUUGGAUUGUAACAAUGGAAUUUUAUGGAAAGAAUGAUCUUACAUUAGGAAUAUUUUUAGAAAGAUACUGUUUCAGGCCUUCUUAUCAGUGUCCUAGCAUGUUCUGUGACACCCCCAUGGUGCAUCACAUUCGUCGCUUUGUCCACGGACAAGGCUGUGUGCAGAUCAUCCUGAAGGAGUUGGAUUCUCCAGUGCCUGGAUACCAACAUACUAUUCUUACAUAUUCCUGGUGCAGAAUCUGCAAACAGGUAACACCUGUGGUUGCUCUUUCCAAUGAAUCCUGGUCAAUGUCAUUUGCAAAGUACCUUGAAUUGAGGUUUUAUGGGCAUCAGUACACACGGAGAGCCAAUGCUGAGCCAUGUGGUCACUCCAUCCACCACGAUUACCACCAGUAUUUCUCUUAUAACCAGAUGGUAGCAUCUUUCAGUUAUUCUCCCAUUCGGCUUCUUGAAGUAUGUGUUCCGCUCCCCAAAAUAUUCAUUAAACGUCAGACCCCAUUGAAAGUAUCCCUUCUUCAGGAUCUCAAGGACUUCUUUCAAAAAGUUUCACAGGUAUAUUUAGCUGUUGAUGAAAGACUUGCAUCUUUGAAGACUGAUACAUUUAGUAAAACCAGAGAGGAAAAAAUGGAAGAUAUCUUUGCACAGAAAGAGAUGGAAGAAGUUGAGUUCAAGACCUGGAUUGAAAAGAUGCAAGCGAGGCUCAUGUCAUCCUCUGUUGAUACCCCUCAGCAACUGCAGUCCAUCUUUGAGUCACUUAUUGCCAAGAAACAAAGUCUCUGUGAAGUGCUGCAAGCUUGGAAUAACAGGUUGCAGGAACUAUUCCAACAGGAAAAAGGCAAAAAGCGGCCUUCGGUUCCUCCAAGUCCUGGAAGAUUGAGACAGGGAGAAGAAAGCAAAAUAAGUGGAAUGGAUGCAUCACCACGAAAUAUUUCUCCGGGACUUCAAAAUGGAGAAAAGGAGGAUCGCUUUUUGACAACACUGUCCAGCCAGAGCUCCACCAGUUCUACCCAUCUACAGUUGCCUACUCCACCUGAAGGAAUGGCUGAGCAACCAGUGGGAGGGCCCUCCGACCUGGAUACAGCCAGUGGUUCCGAAGAUGUGUUUGAUGGACAUUUACUGGGAUCCACAGACAGCCAGGUGAAGGAAAAGUCAACUAUGAAAGCCAUCUUUGCAAAUUUGCUCCCAGGGAAUAGUUAUAAUCCUAUUCCAUUUCCUUUUGAUCCAGAUAAGCACUAUUUAAUGUAUGAACACGAACGCGUGCCUAUUGCAGUUUGUGAGAAGGAACCCAGCUCCAUCAUUGCUUUUGCUCUCAGUUGUAAAGAAUACCGAAAUGCCUUAGAAGAAUUGUCUAAAGCAGCUCUGUGGAACAGUACUGAAGAAGGCCUUCCAACAAAUAGUACUUUAGACAACAGACCCAAGAGUAGUAGCCCUAUUAGACUGCCUGAAAUCAGUGGAGGACAGACAAGCCGUACAACAGAUGCAGAACCACAGCCAAUCAAAAAGACUUCUGGAAUGUUGUCUUUCUUCAGAGGGACAGCAGGGAAAAGCCCUGACCUCUCUUCCCAGAAGCGAGAGACCUUACGUGGAGCAGAUAGUGCUUACUACCAGGUUGGGCAGACAGGGAAGGAGGGAAUGGAGAAUCAAGGCAUUGAUCCUCAAGAUGAGGUAGAUGGAGGAGAUUCACAAAAGAAACAAUUUACAAAUCCUCACGUGGAACUUCAAUUUUCUGAUGCUAAUGCCAAGUUUUACUGUCGGCUCUACUAUGCGGGAGAGUUUCAUAAGAUGCGUGAAGUGAUACUGGGCAGCAGUGAAGAAGACUUCAUCCGCUCCCUUUCCCACUCAUCGCCCUGGCAGGCCCGAGGAGGCAAGUCUGGAGCUGCCUUCUAUGCAACGGAAGAUGACAGAUUCAUUUUGAAGCAAAUGCCUCGCCUGGAAGUACAGUCUUUCCUUGACUUUGCACCACACUACUUCAAUUAUAUUACGAAUGCUGUUCAACAAAAGAGGCCUACUGCCUUGGCCAAAAUCCUUGGAGUUUACAGAAUUGGUUAUAAAAACUCUCAGAACAACACUGAGAAGAAAUUAGAUCUUCUUGUCAUGGAAAAUCUUUUCUAUGGGAGAAAGAUGGCACAGGUUUUUGAUUUGAAGGGCUCACUCAGGAAUCGAAAUGUAAAAACUGACACUGGGAAAGAGAGUUGUGAUGUCGUCCUGCUGGAUGAAAAUCUUCUAAAGAUGGUUCGAGACAACCCCCUGUAUAUUCGUUCACAUUCCAAGGCUGUGCUGAGGACUGCUAUCCAUAGUGACUCUCAUUUCCUUUCUAGCCACCUCAUUAUUGAUUAUUCUUUGCUGGUUGGGCGAGAUGAUACUAGCAAUGAGCUGGUAGUUGGAAUUAUCGAUUACAUUCGAACAUUUACGUGGGACAAAAAGCUUGAGAUGGUUGUGAAAUCAACAGGAAUUUUAGGAGGACAAGGUAAAAUGCCAACUGUGGUCUCUCCAGAGUUGUAUAGGACUAGGUUUUGUGAAGCAAUGGACAAGUAUUUCCUUAUGGUACCAGACCACUGGACAGGACUGGAUCUGAAUUGCUGAAAUUAAAUCCAUAUUUUGAAAUGGACUAUGAAGGAAAGAGAACAAAAACAGAAGACCAAAAAUAAGAUACAUGUUUAUUUCUUCAUCACAUUCACCACUGUGUGGAAAAGUCCUUUCAGUUCUGUGGUUUAAAGACUGUCUGUAAUUGAAGGGUAAAAAACUCCAUGAUUUUUGCACUUUGGUUUUAGAUACCUGUGAAUUAUCUGUAGAUUGGAAAGUUGCAUGAACAUUUUCUCAGUUAGGCUAAAAAUAUAGAUCAAUUUCAAAGGGCUGAAGUUCGAGUUCAGUAGACAUGUGAUGUCGUAUUUGCUAAUUUAAGUGUUUGGAGAAGAAAACCAUACAUAUCUUAUAGAUUGUGACUACAGUGUUUAAGACAUUGUUUUUACUUAAAGCAUUUGUGGGGCUGCUGAGUUUGUUCUUUGAUUCAUAUGUAAUAAUGUUACUUAUUAUCAGGAUUUCUACAACUUACAGAAACAUUCUGAUUUAUUCCAUUAAUGGUCAGUUAAACAGGUUGGCAUUUAUUGUUUUAUUGAAUAAUUUAACUUAAAUUGAGAAUUCUGCUAUGUUCUAUAUUUUCCCAGCUCAUUUUUUUAAAUGUGUUUGUUAUUUCAAAAUUCUGUCUUCUCUGUGGGUGCAAGAAGCUAGAUUCAUUAACUUUAAGUCCCUCUCCCUUUUUGCAGCAUUUUAAAGCUUGUUUAAAACUCUUUAUGUAGUUAUGUUACACUAUCCUUCUCUGUAUAUGCUCAUAUUCUAGGUUCCCCCUCACCUUUCCAGGGAGACAUAGUAAAUGACUCAUUGGUAAUUGAGUCUGCAAUCACUGAAACCCUAAAGGAAGAAUUAUUAAUGAAGGAUUCUGGUGUAAAAAUUAAACUAGACCUAACCCAAGAAAUUGAGAGAGAAAGCACUUGAUUGGUUUUUUUAUAGGGUAAAUGUCCUUCAGUCUAACCAGUUGAAAUGCCAUUUAUUUCUAAUGUGGACAGUCCUAUUUUCUAAAUUCUCAUUUCGGUUACUGAGACCUGCUGAGAGGAAGUUACAUAUAGUAAGGAACUUCUUGCUUAGUAGUCAGCAAUUGUAUUUGCUUUAGAAAGUGCUUAGAAGGAAGUACUGAUUUUGAGGAAAUACUAUUUAACCUCACAAUAUUUCAUAUUGGCUUCUUUCUGUAAUGACUGAUUUGGGGGAUUCAUAGUUUUAAGUUUUAAGGAUUCUAUUCUUUUCAGACUUCCAAUAAUAGCAUGUUAAUUAUCACUUUAUUUGGAUGAGUUUUGUUACACUGCAUAAUGAGUACAGAUACAGGAACAUUUUAGAAAGUUUGCUUUCAAGGAUGAAGGCAGUGUUUUGGUAUUUGUUGCUUAUUAAAAACAUGAUUAAUUUUGAACUGAGGCAAGUUGGCUAAGGAUUUAAGAUGGAUCUGAUUGCCGCACCCCACCCCUUAUAUGCCUUUUGAGGAUACACAGAACACUGACUUUAGUUUGGAUGUCAAAGAGAGAGGUGAAAGCUGGUUAGAACAUUAUUAACUUUUUACAUGUCUAGGAUCAAUUGAUUGUGUUUGAAUUUCAAUGCUGACACUGUUUUAUUGUCUUUUCAUUUUUUUUUUUUUUUUCCCUGUUGGGGAUCCUUAGAGUUUCUUUUUUUUUUU